CACACACACACCAUGACACACACACACCAUGACACACACACACCAUGACACCAACCCUGGAAAGACCAAAACCCUCGACCCUAAAGCUGUGUUUCAGAGAACCAAGGUAACACACACCAUGACACACACACACCAUGACCCUCGACCCUAAAGCUGUGUUUCAGAGAACCAAGGUAACACACACCAUGACACACACACACCAUGACACACACACACCAUGACACACACACACCAUGACACCAACCCUGGAAAGACCAAAACCCUCGACCCUAAAGCUGUGUUUCAGAGAACCAAGGUAACACACACCAUGACACACACACACCAUGACACACACACACACACACCAUGACACCAACCCUGGAAAGACCAAAACCCUCGACCCUAAAGCUGUGUUUCAGAGAACCAAGGAACACUGUCUAAUGGGUAUUAAAGGAACAGUCCGGCGGUCUACAGAUGGGGAUUUCAUCCACGCCAACGUGGAUAUUGACCUGAUUAUUACCGAGGAGCCUGAGAUCGGGAACGUGGAGAAACCGGUGGAGAUAUUUCAUAUCAUAGAACACUUCUGUCUGGGGAGACGAAGGCUCCACCUGUUUGGACGAGACUCUACCAUCAGACCAGGGUGGUUGACAGUAGGUCCUACUCUGACCAACAGUAACUUCAACUCAGAGUCUUACUCCUCCCACUUCUCAAUCACACAGUCUCACCUCUCAGGCUGUACGGAGGAGAUAGAACGUCUGCGACCCAAGUCACCUCCCUCCAAGCUGAAGUCAGACCGUGGAGGGGGUCAUCCCGUGGGGGUCGGGGGGGUCCUAACGCCGGCCGUGGGGGGACAGGGGCCGGGAGAGGAACAGGUCCUUUAG